UGGAAAGAGAGAGGGAGAGGAAAUGAGAGAGAAAGGAAAGAGGACUGCUUUAUAGCUGCUAAGAUUUCAGACAGAAAUAGCACACAACCACCGUGAGCUGUAUUCGACUCAGAAACGAAGACUAAAUUGUAUUCACUUUUCUUAAUCAGUUGCUCAGAAAGAAAGAGAUGACAUCUGGUCCUGUCUUCUUCUACAUCUUGAUUUUUGGAAAAUAUUUUUCUCAUGGGGGUGGACAGGAGGUCAAGUGCUCCCUCGGCUAUUUCCCCUGUGGGAACAUCACCAAGUGUUUGCCUCAGGAUCUUCAUUGUAACAGCGUGGAUGACUGUGGGAACCGGGCCGAUGAAGAAAACUGCGGAGACAACAAUGGAUGGUUUUUGCAAAUUGAGAAAAAUUUUAUCAAUUACAACAGAACAACCUUCCCAUAUCUCUUUGAGUCUGAAACACCGAAAUGCUGUAACUUUUUCUUACUUUCCAUUACCCUCCUGUUCCUGGUCCCUCACUGCCCUCAUGUCUUACCUCCUCCUCUUUAUUCAGCGGUCGGUUUUGUGCCCAUGAAUUGUCUUUGCCAAGAUUUACAGCUUGACUGUGAUGAGUCCGAAUUACGAGCUGUCCCAUCAGUUUCUUCCAAUGUGACCUCCAUGUCACUUCAGAGAAACUUAAUAAGAAAACUUCCUCCUGAUGCCUUCAAGAAGUACCAUGAUCUUCGGACACUGUUCCUGCAAAACAAUAAGAUUAGAUCCAUAUCCAAGCAUUCUUUCAGAGGACUGUACAAUCUUACUAAACUGCAUCUUAGUAAUAACAGAAUAACCUUCUUGAAGCCUGGUGUUUUCGAAGAUCUCCACAAAUUAGAGUGGCUGGUAAUUGACGAUAAUCACCUCAGUCAAAUUUCCCCACUAACAUUUUAUGGACUAAAUUCUCUUAUAUUCUUAGGCCUGAUGAAUAAUGUCCUCACCCAUUUGCCUGACAGACCUCUUUGUCAGCACAUGCCAACACUGAAUUGGCUGGAUGUUGAAGGCAACCAUAUCCAUAAUUUAAAAAAUUUGACUUUUACCUCCUGCAAUAGUUUAACUGUUUUGAUAAUGGGGAGAAACAAAAUUAAUGACCUAAAAGAAAAUACUUUUGCACCUCUCCCGAAACUAGAUGAAUUGGAUUUAAGAAAUAAUAAGAUUGAACAUCUUUCACCGUAUGUAUUUAAGGAUCUAAAGGAGCUCUCGAAAUUGAAUCUUUCCUAUAACCCAAUCAAGAAAAUCCAUCCAAAUCAAUUUGAUUCUCUUGUCAAACUCAAGUCACUCAGUCUAGAAGGAAUUGAAAUUUCAAAUAUCCAACAAAGGAUGUUCAGACCGCUUAUGAAUCUCUCUUACAUCUAUUUUAAGAAAUUCCAGUACUGUGGAUAUGCACCACAUGUUCGCAGCUGUAAACCAAACACUGAUGGAAUCUCAUCUCUAGAGAAUCUCUUGGCAAGCAUCAUUCAGAGAGUGUUCGUCUGGGUUGUGUCUACAGUUACAUUCUUGGGAAACAUCUUUGUCAUUUGUAUGCGACCUUAUAUCAGGUCUGAGAACAAGCCGCAUGCCAUGUCAAUCGUAUCUCUCUGCUGUGCUGACUGCCUAAUGGGAAUAUACUUAUUUGUGAUUGGAGCCUUUGACCUAAAGUUUCGUGGAGAAUACAAUAAGCAUGCACAGAUGUGGAUAGAGAGUUUUCAUUGUCAGCUUGUGGGAUCUUUGGCCAUCCUCUCUACGGAAGUAUCAGUAUUACUUUUAACAUUUCUGACAGUGGAAAAAUACAUCUGUAUUGUAUAUCCCUUUCAAUUUUUAAGACCUAGAAAAUGCAGAACAAUUACAAUGUUGAUUCUCAUUUGGAUUAUUGGGGUUAUAGUGGCUUUCGUGCCAUUGAGCAAUAAGGAAUUUUUCAAAAAUUACUAUGGCAACAAUGGAGUAUGUUUCCCUCUUCAUUCUGAAGACACUGAAAGUAUUGGAGCCCAGAUUUAUUCAGUGACAAUUUUUCUUGGUGUUAACUUGGUGGCAUUUAUCAUCGUAGUUUUUUCCUAUGGAAGCAUGUUUUACAGCGUUCGUCAAAGUGCCGUAACAGCAAAUGAAAUACGGAAUCAAGUUAAAAAAGAGAUAACCCUUGCCAAACGGUUUUUCUUUAUUGUAUUUACUGAUGCAUUGUGCUGGAUACCCAUUUUUGUACUGAAAUUUCUUUCAUUGCUUCAAGUAGAAAUACCAGGUACCAUAACCUCUUGGGUAGUGAUUUUUAUUCUACCUAUCAACAGUGCUUUGAACCCAAUUCUCUAUACUCUGACUACAAGACCAUUCAAAGAAAUGAUCCAUCAGUUUUGGAAAAACUACAGGCAAAGAUCUAUUGGCAGCAAAAGAAGUCGAAAAACACAUACACCAUCACUUAUGUGGAUAGAAAUGUGGCCGAUGCAGGAGAUGCCCCCUAGAUUAAUGAAGCCAGCUCUUUUCACAGACCCCUAUGAAUUGUCACUAAUUUCUCAAUCAACCAGACUCAAUUCCUGUUCAUAACUUACUCUGACCCCCAUUGGGAUGCUUCAAAAUGGAUUUAUUAGUA